CUUCCGGUUUCUAAAAUAAGUAAACAAGACUUCACUAUUAAAUUAACUGGAGAGAGGGUUAACAAACCAAAAUAUAAAAGUCAAAAGUAGAACUACUACUAGAUCUACAGAUUUCUUUUUGAGAUGAUGCCUCAAAGCAGUGGUAACAAUAGCCCGACAGAAAUUGAAAGAAGACUAACAUUUAAAGAAAGGAGAACACUUUCUGAGCGAAAGAAGGAUGUAGAGUCUGUCAGAAGUGCUCACUCAAAUAAGAUACCAGUCAUAAUUGAAAGAUAUGGAGGGGAAAGAAACCUUCCUAUCAUGGACAAAUGCAAAUUUCUGAUUCCAGACAAUUUAAACAUGAGUGACAUUGUGAAGAUAAUCAGGCGCAGGCUACAGCUUUCACCAUCUCAGGCCUUCUUUCUACUGGUUAACAAUCGUAGCAUGGUGAGUAACACCACACCCCUGGUGGAUGUGUAUGAGCGAGAGAAAGAUGAAGAUGGAUUCCUCUACAUUGUUUAUGCCUCCCAGGAAACUUUUGGUUCAGUCUGAGAUUAGAUCUCUUCACAUGUUGAUACUGUUAUAGCUCUUUGAUGAUUAGAGAUUUUAAUAUAAAUAUAAGUUAUAUAAAUAUAAGACAAUUUCUGUUAGUGAAAAAAAAAUUAAGGUUUUCUUAAAAAAAAAUUACAUGUAUGAUCUGAAAUCAGUUUUUUGUAGAUGUCAAAUCUAAUUCUGUUUCUAAAAGUUAUCAAUUUGGAAGUUGUUGUUUUUUCUUCUAAUAUGUAUUCUUAUAAAUAAGAUUAUAUUCUCUUGUAAUAUGAAACAUUUUUUAACUCUUCCUAUAUGUUACUAAAUAAAAGUUGACAUGAAUCUAAGAAAAUUUCUUCAUAAGCAGCUUUAUUGCAUCAGACAUGCAAAAAAAAAAAAAGAAUCGAAUAUGCACAUUUCAUAUUCAUGAGUUCUAUAUAAAAGUAUAUUUUGUUUAUUUAACCCCUUUAAUGUUGGUGCGACCUAGAUGAUGUUAUAAAGCUGAUAAAAGUCUUACCACUUGGGGAAUAAUUAGAAUCUUGCUGCAGUGUUUUCUUUGUAUUUGUUUUAUUUGUCAUCUGACUGAGCAAUAUUUAUCUCCCAUUUAUUUUGUUACCUAAAUUGAUUAGAAUUCUUACUAAAGCAACCCAAAAACCAUGAUAUUCAAAAAAAUGAAAGGAGCCUGCAUAAACUGGUGGUUUCUUCAUUUUGUUCCAUAUCAUAAUUUACCUAAAACUUUGUAUAGACCAAACACCACACUUCCUGCUAAAGCUCUGUACAAAAUGUGUGUGGUGAUGAUAUUCCGAAAGAAAAAAGAAAUUAUCUUGUAAGUCAGCAUUAUUUAUUUAUUUUAUUUUUAUUGAGAUAAAAAAAUAUUUGUA